CUAUCGUUAAUCUCUAACCUAUAUGGCUGUGUGCUGUCAUAGAGUUAUCCAAUAGCACACAUUUUAAGUAAACAAAACUAUUGUCAGCAACUAUGACGCCAGACCUUUCGAAAUUCUAUUACUAUGAAAUUACAGAACAAUCAGUGGGCGAUCUACUGGCGUUCGAAGUUCAGACAUGCGUUUAAGACUACACCGCCUUCUGCAACGCAUGUGGAAACGAAAAAACAAUAAUGGCCCUCAAUGCACUGAUUUCAUCAGGGAAAUCCGGAAACUUCAAAGCAACGAUUGCUAUACAGUGUACAUUGGGGAGACAGAAAUUCCCGAGUACCUCAUAACAGGAGACAUAACCUCGGCGAGUGGAAAUGAUCAGCCCAGAGAGCACACCUGGAGCAUAAUUCAUGCAGGCGGCGUAAAAGGAUGGGUUCCUUGGAACUACAAAAUAUUGUUUCAUUUAAAUUCCAGUAGUCUAGACCCAUCGGAGGAUAUUUUUCAAGAAUUUUGUUCCACCUUAACAGACCAUUACGGAAAAUGUGCUAUUGUUAUCGAUCCACAAAGCUGGAGAACGCCGCGUCGUUACCCCUCUUCGAGUUCAUGUCACCAGCCUCCAUCGUCACCAGUCAACUUGCUGCCUAUGCGCUGUUGUCCUAAAGUGGCUCAAGAACACGGACACGAACUCCUCCAACUGCCUUUCCAAUGCGCACAUCUUAACCCACUGAACAGUGCAUGGUCAACAAUGAAGUGGUUUGCUGUUAACAACAGAGGGACAUAUUCAGAAGCCAUCCAUGAUAAAGAUACGGUACAUAAAUUCAUUUUCUGCCCUGAGUUAAUUGAAGGUUCUUUGAAGAAGAUGACCAAAAGGAAGUGGGAGGAAGCCAUGUCCAGAGUAUGGAAGAAUGAAAACUAUUACCUACAUGUCAACAAGCAAUAACUUAAAAUAGAUUGUGGUGUGGUGUGCAA